AUGACAGCCCUGCUAGAGACAGCUACAUCAGCUCUCAGAACGGCGAUCGAGGAUGCCCUACAUUGGAUUACCAAAAACAAAGCCCAGACAUUCUGGGGAGCAGUGACCGCUGCUGUCCUAUACCAUAACUUCAAAAGAUUUCCAUUAGUGUGGCAUUUCCGUGUUUUCCGCAACAUUUGGUGGCCAAAAGUGGGCCACUUUGAUCAUAAGCCAGGAUCUGUAUUCCGCCCGGUUGUCACGCCCUCACGCGUGGCCUUGUUGGAGCUGGACUACAACUUGCAUAAAUCCAACAGCACGUACUUUUCAGACCUUGAUGUCGCAAGAACCGAUCUCCUCGCUUCUCUGAGAGCAGAGGCGAUUCGCGGUGGUCUAUACAAGGAGUAUAAAAACGGUGUAAUGGUUCUUCUGGCCGGCACAUCCUGCACCUUCAAGAAGGAAAUCAGCCCCGGGGCCGCAUUCGACAUGUAUAGCCGAAUCCUUACUUGGGACAGGAAAUGGCUUUAUGUUGUGACCCAUUUCGUAGAGAAGCGGAAAGGCGCUGGGCUCUAUACCUAUCGACCCUGGAAGAAGCCUGAAGAAGGAAAGACGACCUCCAAGUCUCCCGUUGUAUUCGCCACGGCCAUCUCCAAAUGUGUUGUCAAAGCCGGCCGACUUACAGUGCCACCCGAGAAAUUCCUCCAGGCGGCGGGAGUCCUUGCGGCCAAUGAGGAUCCCAGCGAAACGAGCGGCGUUGAAAAACAUGCGGGCAACGACUCGGGCUUGGCGGGCGAGGAACAGUGGACAUGGGCUAGAGUGGAGGAAGAGCGCCUGCGGGCACUUAGUAUUGCCGACGGGGUUGCUAGUGGGCUGGAUGCGGCACAUGAUGAGUUCUAUGCCCUGGGAUGA